AUGACGACCCAGCAUUCAGAAGGCUCGCUCCUCGAGGAGAAGCCGUUGAAGAUGGCCACUGCGAUCGAUAAGGAGGCUCGCAAUGGCACUGCGGAGACCAACGGUCACCCGGCACCCGGCACUGCGACACCAGAGUCUUUAGCGGAGGACAUUCCAAUCCAUAGGGCCGAGAAGUCGGUCUCGCCCAAGACCACCGUCGCGUCAAUUGCCCAGAACGAGGACGCAUUCUCCGCAAACCAGGCAGUAGCUGACGACACUAGAGACGUGGAGAAGUCAGAGGCCGAACCUGCAGUGACUCCGGCGAAGAUGGACUCCGACCUGCCCAGCGAUGUCGAUAUGGUUGAUGCGCCCACAAAAUCACCAGCUCCUGAUGCGAGCAUAUCUGGGAAAGUGCCUGAGGCUGCGCCAGACUCGACCGCUGAUGCGCCCGCGAAGGAAGACGUCGUUAUGGACGAUGCGCCGUCGCAGGCCGAGCCGUCUGUUGCCGACCAGGCUGAGAGUACGCAAGACACAGCCAUUAGCGACACCCAAGUAGCCACCCCGCCAAGUCUGGCGGUAGAUGUGCCGAUAUCAAGCAUUGCUGCCGAUACUCAACCAAUGCCUGCAACUGCAGACAACAGCAUGUCGGAGGUGUCUGCAAAAGUGUCGCGGGAACGCGACGCCGACAGCGAGGACGAGCCUGUCGCCAAGCGGGCGCGGGUCGACACGGCGGCAGACCAGGUCGAGGUCAAGAUGGCAAAGAAGGACGACGGAGCGGACCGCAAUAAGGCAGCUGGCGCUACGUUGUCUGUCUACGGCGAGAACGGGAAUCCAAAGUCGUUGACAGAUGAUUCGCUAAACGGCAACCCCAUCACGGAUUGGCAGAACAAGCAGAUUAGGAUAACGCUUGCUGGAGUCAAGAAGACUAAAGCCGGCGGAAUGUUCAAGUCGUCCGUCGAGAAUCUAUGGCCUGAGCUAUGGGCCGGCUAUACGGCGAGGGUGUCGAACCCGACCGACAUUAGCGCAAUGGAGAAGCGACUGCGGGGCGACGGCCCCAAAUACGCAACUAUGGGCGAAUUUAAGAGCGACCUGGACCUCUUGGUUUCGAAUUCGGUGCUGUUCAAUGGCGAAGGCCAUGAUGUCACAAUUGCAGCCAAGUCGACCCGCCAGGCCAUACUCUCGCGCAUGUCGCAGCAACUUGCUGCCGAACCACGUCCUGCUAAGAGCAACGACGCUGCGACUCCGCCCCAAAAGGCACCGGUGGUCGAUUCUCCUGCGUUCGCCAUCCCUGCAAGUAGCAACGGCGUGCCCCUCAUUCGGCGCGACUCGACCAAGCCCGACAGCCGCACCAAGCGGCCGGUGAAACCCGCACACCCCAAAGAUUUGGUGUACGAGACGAAACGGAAGAAGAUGUCUCCCGAGCUUCGUUUCUGCGAGGAGGUCCUCGGCGAGAUACGGAAGCCCAAGUACUUUGAGUACAACGGCCCCUUUCAGCAGCCGGUGGACCCCGUCGAAUUAAACAUCCCCCAGUACCACAAGAUCAUCAAGAAGCCCAUGGACCUCCAGACGAUGAGCAACAAAAUGAGCAAUGGUGAAUACGCCUCUCUCAAGGAGUUUGAGAAGGACUUCGAUCUUAUAGUGAAGAAUUGCAAGACCUUCAACGGCGAAAACCACCUCGUCUACAGCCAGGCACUGAGGCUCCAGACACAGUUCCGUCGCGAGAUGAACAAGAAGGACGACUGGAUGGCGCGCCACGCGCCUGCAGCAGCAGCAACCUCGCAGGCCACUACGAGCCCCCGCCCCAAGGAUGACUCCGAGGACGACGAGGCCGAAUCGGAGGCCGAGCCUGAACUCGAUGAAGAGCAGAAAGCGGCGCAGUCUCGUUUGGCUACGAUCCAACGGCGCCUCGAGGAGGAACAAAAGAAAAUCACGGAGAUGGUCAACUCGGGCACAGCCGCGCUCGACGAUGUCGAGAUUGCCCAGGCUGUGGUUGCCAUGCUGCAAAAGAAUCUCCUGCAGGAGCGGUCAAAACUGGCCAACGCUCCGGCCAAGAAGGCAGCCAAGCCGAAGCCGGCCAAGAGCAAGAAGGCUUCCGUGGGGGGUGGCGGCGGCAGCUCCAAGAAAGCAGCCCCCGGCCCCAGCGACAACAAGGCAGCACCGAAGAAGUCCGGCACGAAGAAGGCGACGAAGCGGAAGAUGGGCGUGCUGGAGAAGGAAAUCAUUGCGGGCGGAAUUGCCGAACUCGACGGACAGCAGCUUGAGAAGGCUAUUGACAUCAUCAAGAAGGACACGGGACAGGGCGAGAAUGACUCGGGCGAGCUCGAGCUAGAUAUCGAGCUGCUCACCGAAGAUGCACUGACCAAGCUGUAUGACCUCGUCACCAAGACCUUUCCCCACCUCCGUGCCGAGAAGGAGACGACGCUUGCCGAGUCGUCGCCGCAAGUCGCUGCGCCUAGGAACAAGACUUCUGCCAAGACUAAGAAGAACAAACCUAUGAGCAAGAUGGAGCAGGAGCGGCGCAUUGCACAGCUCAACGAGCUGCGUGCCCAGGCCGGGCCUCGGGCUUCAGGGAGCCAAGAGCCCAUGGAGUCGAUCGAGGGCACAGGCAGAGCGUCAACGGACCCGACACCGCAAGCAGAUCACGACAGUGAAGACGAGGAGAGCUCCGAAGAGGAAUAA